CAAUCUAGACCCAUGAGCCUGGGGUAUACCUCUAUACUCCAGCACUACAGCAUUGUGCGCAUGGCAAUGAUGCCCGAAAGUUCAGAAACAUCGUAUGUAUGACACCCUCAUCCUUCUGCCUUUUCUGUUUUCUAUUGCACUAGUGGCAGCCCAACAAGGCAACAUCUCAUGUUCUCUUCGCCAUUUUACUCGAUUUGAUCUACAAUAAAAUACAUUGGAUCAUUGCAUCGAAACGCUAAGCAUCUCCUCUUUGUAGCAGUAUUUUUUUUGGGUGGCCACAAUAUAGAAUCCAGCACCGAAAAGUUGUGCUCAUCAAACUCCUCAAUGUUCUGGGACAGUUAGUAUGCUGCAAAUUUUCUACUGUAAAGGCUACCAGGUUUUUUACAGCUAAAAGUUGGUUCUAGUGGUUGGAGCUAUCCUAGCGAUUCGAUCAAGGAUCUGGUUCUCCUACUAAGACAUUCUGAUCUGCGGCUGCAGGUUGCGCAUCAGAAAGACUGAGAGGCUGCACCUGCACAGCUACCAAGAGUGACACCCACUCAUCCACUAUAGAUCUCUGACCAUUGCCUUUCCUGAGCUGUUUCUAGGGGAAUUAGCUUGGCUUCUGCGCUGCCCUGGCCAUGGAGCCGGACAGAGGCCUAAUUGCCUGUGAGGAGCCGCCUCCAGAGCCUACGGACCUGCUCUCGAGCGCGUGGUGCAGCUCGGCUAUCCAAGUUCUUCAGACAGGACCGAAGGAGUGCUCGAUGGCGCUGGUGGAGCAUCCGGUCUUGUCGCUUGAUAAUGAACGGAAAGACCUGUUGUCAAAAAGUAAUCGUAGCUUGGUGGUUGACAACAGCAGUUUCAGCACUGCCCAAUGGAAAUAUGACGAUCUGAAGUCAUGGAUAUGGCUGCAGAAGGCAAUUCAUCCCGAACUGGAUUAUGAUCUCUGCCUCAAGAAGAAAUGGCUCCCGCGCAAGAUGGCGCCAUGGAACGGCAUGUCGCUCAAGAAGUGGGUCAAGGAGCGGAAGCAGAAGCGCAAGGAGGAGGCGCGCCUGCAGCGGGCGGAGGUCCACGCCGCCGUGUCCGUGGCCGGCGUCGCGGCCGCGCUCGCCGCCAUCGCCGCGGAGAGCGCCGCGCCGCCGGGCGCGGCGGGGAUGAGGGAGACGGCGGUGGCGUCCGCGGCCGCGCUCGUGGCGGCGCAGUGCGCCAAGGUGGCCGAGGCCGCCGGCGCCACGCGCGACCAGGUCGCGGCGGCCGUCGCCGCCGCCAGGGCCUCCACGGACGCCAGCAACGUCAUCACGCUCACCGCCGCCGCCGCCACAUCGCUGCGGGGCGCUGCGACGCUGAGAGGACGGCGCAGCAGCAGCGGCGGGCACGGCCAGAGCGAGAGAGGGGACCACGCGGGCUCGGCGCGGUCGUCGCAGGACGACCUCGACUUCGACUUCAACCACGCGAGGUCCCGGGCGGCGCUGGCCAAGGGCGACGAGUUGUUCGUCGCGAUGCCGGACGGGAAAUGGAAGCUCCACGCGGUGUCCGCGGCGACGAACAAGCGCGGCGAGAUCGUGCUCCGGAUCAAGAAGACGAACCUGGUCAUGGCCUUCUCCCACGCGAAAGAAAGCGUGAUCCGCGACGUGCGGCCGUGCGCCCCGGAGAAGCCGAGCCCCGACGACGGCGCGACGUACCCGGUGGAGGUAUCGACGAGCAAGGGCAAGGUGGAGCUCCGCGCCGACGACUACGGCGUGUACAAGAGGUGGGUGGCCACGCUCAGCCACAUGCUCGUGAUGUCCACCGCCGUGGUCUCCGCCAGGCACGACCCGCCACGCCGGGUCUAACCGAUCGGCCCGCCGGCCGCCGGCGCAGGCAUGGACGGGCGAACGGCAUCAUCCUCCGAGUCGACUGCCGCACGUGUAUCUUUGCCGUUGUAUCAGUAUACAGUAUAUUUACCAGCACCUGUCAGAGAUUGGGCCCGCAGUUUCAUUCUCCUGAACUGUACAUCUUCUCUUUUUUUUUCUUUUGGGGGAAACCUGAACUACAUUGUAGUGGGGCACUACCCGUUUGGCGAACGAUUUACCAAUGAAGGAUCAUGGACAACAAA